UCAUCAUGUUUCUUCUGAAUCGCACAAGGCAUAGUCGUAACCCACGCGCCUAGACCCCCGCUGCCUUGAAUAGAUGCUAACGAUGCACGCUCACCCGCACGCUACACCCCACACGGAGACCGCCAAACACCGUACUGGCCGUCUCUCGUCUCGAGUUGCAUCGGCAUUCAUCGCCCCUCUUUGCCAGCUGAAUUGUGCGCAGGGCGGUCCAGCAACUUCAGACGGACCUCGGCCUAUUCCUCACCUGCCGCCGACGCGUUCUCGUCAUUUUUCGUUGCUCAGAUCCUUCACGAGCCCUACGAUCGCAAAGUAGGAUCUUCUCUGCCCAGAGUUUUGUAGCAGUACGCCUCGUUCUAUUCGCGAGAAUGGCGCUAAGCGAAGCACGCCACUUUGCGUGUGGCGGUGCGGAGCCGCGUCUCCCGGGCGUACGCGUUCCCACGUGCCCGCCUCAUAUCUUUCCGCUUU